AUGGUGAAAGACGUGAAUAAUAGAAUAACCUUGAUUUUUGAUGAUUUGGAUUGUGCUUCAAGCAAGAUAGGUGUGGCUGCUAUGUUGAUUGGUUACAUGGACAUAUCCAAGCUUAUGGGUAGUGUAGCACAUGGAGGUAGUAAGUCUCCUGCCUGCUCCAAGUGUGGUAGGAAUCACUCUAGCAUUUGUAGAAAACACUCAGUGGGUUGUUUCAAGCGCGGUCAGACCGGGCAUUUUAUAAGAGAAUGUCCAAAGUGUAACCAAAUCGGUUGCAAUGGAGGCAAUAGAGAUCAGUCUUCAUUAGUUGCUCCACAAGACAGAGUUACAACUAUGGGAGCUAAUUCUGGCACUGGAAGAGGCACAAAACACUUUUAUUCCCUUAAUAAUCUUAAAGAACAAGAGAAUUCACCAGAUGUUGUCAGUGGUAUGAUUCAAGUCUUUGACUUUGCUGUUUAUGCAUUAUUAGACCCAGGGGCGAGUUUAACUUUACUCCCUAUGUUGUUAUGA